CCCUCCUUCCCCGACGGCCUACUCUUUGACACGGAAUUUGACUCUCACCUUGACUACUAUCUACCAUGUCCGUGCAGACGACGAUAAUCCCCCACUCCCAGCAGCGCUCGUUACGCCUCGAUGGGUUCAUUACCUCUGCUUCAAAGGCUCAGAAAGCUUGGAGCAAGGUUCCGCUAAAGGAGAGAAUCGCGACUGGGUACAAUUUCAUCGUCCUUUGCCUGAUUCACUUGGUGACCAGACCAGUGAUUCGCGGAUUCCUCGAUCGCGCUAAUUACAUGCUGUCCAUCGCAGAGAGCGCGCUCGCCGAUGUCAGUCUAACUGACACUGACAAGCCUGGCUUCCGACGAUACAGUAAACGUGCCCCUUUAGGUGUCGUCCUUGUUGUCGCAACCUUGGAAAGUACCUAUCCUUAUCUCGUCUCGAUCAAUGCUGUUCUCCCAGCCAUUAUCGCUGGGAACGCGGUCAUCCUGAAACCAUCACCCCAAACACCUCUAACUGCUGAGCGUUUCGCGCUUGCAUUGACUCGGGCAGGUACUUUGUUUUCAUUCACCGGCAGUGUUAUAGGUGGCCGGGCCGUAGAGGAAGCUGCCGGCGUUGGUUUGGAGCUUGGUGGAAAGGAUCCUGCCUACGUACGGCCUGACGCAGAUCUGAAUUACACGAUCGGUGAACUGGUCGAUUGUUGCUGCGCCAUCGAGCGAAUCUACGUCCACGAGGCCGGUUAUGUGAAGCUAGUCAAGGGCUACAAACUAGGCGAUCCCACACUCCCCGAAACGAACUUAGGUCCUGUAGUUUCCUUAGCUAGUGCUGAGAGAAUUCGUAAACAAGUUUCGGACGCAGUGAAAGCUGAUUUAUUCCCAAUGGCGAAAGCCGGAACUACGUAUGUUGCGCCGCAGGUUCUAGUCGAUGUGAAUCAUAAAUCAUUUGGUCCAACAGAAGCUGUCAAGCUCAUGAACGACUCUCCAUAUGGACUCACAGCAUCCGUGUGGACGAACGCAUCUGCUAAUCCGGCGUCCGAGGAGAUAUUCUUGAAGUUGUGUGAUGAACUAGAGACAGGAACAGUAUUCCUGAACAGGUGUGACUUCUUGGAUCCCGCGCUAGCUUGGACUGGUGUCAAAGAUAGUGGUAGAGGCGUCAGUCUCAGUAAAUUUGGAUACGACCAGUUGACCCGAGCGAAGUCCGUACACAUGAAGAUCAGACAUCAUAGAGCCCGAAUUGUUUAUAGGUAACAUAGACGCUGCAAUAUUGUAUUUGUAAAGAAAAGCCAAUAAAAUUCCCAGCAACCUAUCAGUUACGCGUUAACAACGUGGGAGUAACAGCUCGAAG